CGCGCGGCAGGGAGGGAGGCAGAUUGAGAAAGGCCUUUUCCCACAAAGCCGCUGCGCGGAGGUCCCCUGUCCCCGCCCCCUGCCCCGGGCCACAGCCGAGCGCGGGGAGCCGCCGCGAGCCCUUUAAGGGCCGAGAGGUGCGCGGUCUCUUUAAGGCAGGUCCUGGUGGUUUCUGUUUUCCGAAGGAAGUGACGGGGGGUGGGAUUGAAUGAAAAGUGCAAAACAGAGUCUCGCCGCGCCAGAGUCGGGGGCCGCGGCAGUCGUGGCGCUGGGCGGGUGGGCGGGCAGUGGGGGGGCCCCGGGAGCGCCGCGUCCGCCUUGGAGCUGCCGGGGGGCGAUCGGCGGAGCGCAGCCCACGUGCGUCCGCGCCACCUCGCGGCUCCCCCGCGCCUGAGUCCUCCCCACCCCGGGGAGCCGCUGCCCCGCGCCCCGAACUAGCCAGCAACUUCGCGCGAAGUUUGGCAGCGCUCCUCUCCGCUCGCGCGCCGCGCGCCCGGCCCGUGGAGGGCGGCGGCCCCCCGGGGAUGCGCCCGCCCGGCCGCCUCGGGGUCCCCACGGCUCCCCCAGCGCUGCCGCUGCUGCUGCUGCUGCUGCCGCUGCUCGUACCGCUCCUGGGGGUGCCGCGCGGCGUGGGCGCGGGGCCGGGCGCGCCCGCCGAGCUGCGGGUCCGCGUGCGGCUGCCCGACGGCCAGGUCACCGAGGAGAGCCUGCAGGCGGACAGCGACGCCGACAGCAUCAGCCUCGAGCUGCGCAAGCCCGACGGCACCCUCGUCUCCUUCACCGCCGACUUCAAGAAGGACGUGAAGAUCUUCCGAGCCCUGAUCCUGGGGGAGCUGGAGAAGGGACAGAGUCAGUUCCAGGCACUCUGCUUUGUCACCCGGCUGCAGCACAAUGAGAUCAUCCCCAGUGAGGCCAUGGCCAAGCUUCGACAGAAGAACCCACGGGCAGUGCGGCAGGCUGAGGAGGUGCGGGGCCUGGAGCACCUGCACAUGGACGUCGCCGUCAACUUCAGCCACGGGGGCCUGCUGAGCCCCCACCUCCGCAACGUGUGUGCAGAGGCCGUAGAUACCAUCUACACCCGCCAGGAGGACGCCCAGUUCUGGCUGGAGCAAGGUGUGGACAGCUCUGUGUUUGAGGCUCUGCCUCAGGCAUCAGAGCAGGUGCGCCUGCCCCGCUGCGGGCAGGUGGGGGAUGGCGGGAAGCCGUGUGUCUGCCACUAUGGCCUGAGCCUGGCCUGGUACCCCUGUGUGCUCAAGUACUGCCACAGCCGUGACCGGCCAGCCCCCUACAAGUGCGGCAUCCGCAGCUGCCAGAAGAACUACAGUUUCGACUUCUAUGUGCCCCAGCGGCAGCUCUGUCUCUGGGACGAGGACCCCUAGCAGGGCUGAGGCCAAGGGGGCGGUCUCUGGGGUCGCUGCCCUGGGUCUGCUGCCCUUCCCCCCCCCCCCCCCCAGGCCUUAUUCCCCUUCCCUUCCCGUGAUCCCGGAGCCUCUGGCCCUAUUGCUCAAGACUGUGAAAAGGGGUGUGGCAUGGCAGGGGUUAACUCGUGAAGGCAGCCCCCACCCCCACCCUGUGCCUCCCUUGGGGACCGAGAGAAGGGGGUUCUCCAGAUGUGGAGAACCUUGAUCUCCCCUCCCCGGAAUCUCCCCUGAAGUGUUCUCUUUCAAGCAAACAAAAUGUGAUGGCCCGUGAUUCUAUUUAACUCUUUGAAGGCUUAGACCCUAAAAGGUGUCUAUGCCUGUCACACUGAACUCCCCACCCUCAACACACCCCCACUCCCCCAUCUGGAAGGGGCUAGCCCCUCUGUACCCUCAAAUGCCCAACAAGGAGGGGACCACGCCCCAGAGACGGGGCUCUUGGGGACCAUUGCCAUAGCCCCUCCACCAGAUCACAGUGCGUUCUGCUCACUGCUGGCCUCCCGCCCCCGGGGCAGGUGAGGACCUCCCAGCCCGGACACAAACCACACGUGCCUUUUUCCCCAGCCCCUCCUCAAAAUAAAUAUUUUUGUAAGGUUCUGGGGCGGGGAGGGGGCAUGAAGUAUGAGGAAAACUUGAAUUCCAGAUUUUUAAUGCAAAGUAUUUAUCAUUUGUACCAGAAAUAAAAGUUUAAAUUUUUAUUUGA